AAGGGAGCUGAGCACAUCAUGGAUCCGCGCCGACGGUGGAACCAGUGCAAUGGAAACGCGUGUUCGCGGGCGUCGCCCUCCGUGGUGGACCCGGACAGCAUCGAGUUGACGUGCGUGCCGCCGCUACCGCAGGAUCUGGAGCAGCACAUCCGUGAGUGUCAGUGCUCCUGCGACCACCUCGGCUUCGGCAACUUCAAGACCAUCACGUACGUCGAGGGACAGCACUGGGACAGCGUUGACGUGAUCGACGUGAAGCCGUCGGCGUCGACGGUGGACAUCCUGGACGGCGAGCUGCCGGCGGCCCGCUCGUCCGCCAGCCCCGACCGGCUGGGAGCGCCCGACAAGAAAGUGGUACCCGACCGUCUGAUCACGCGCCAGUGGUGCCCCAACCGUCUGAUCGGGCACUAG